AUGGCCGCGACUUCAGCACAGCCGGCAAACGUCGGAUUCGACUUCUCAAACUACGCCCGUAACGAGUUCCUCGGUGCCAAGCUCGGCGGACAGCCCAGGGCUACCUCGACUGGUACCACCAUCGUCGGCCUCAAGUUCGGAGGCGGCGACUCUGGAGAAGAGGAGGGAGUUUGUCUUGGUGCCGACACCCGUGCCACUGGAGGAGCUAUCGUGGCCGACAAGAACUGCGAGAAGCUGAUCUCGUCGAACCUCGAGCUGCACUCUCUGUCGCAGGGCCGACCGGCGCGCGUCGUGACCGCGAUGACGAUGUUGAAGCAGUACCUGUAUCGCUACCAGGGCCACAUCGGUGCCUACCUGGUUGUUGGUGGUGUUGACGCGACCGGCCCGCAGCUCUUCACGGUGCACGCCCACGGAAGCACCGACAAGCUGCCUUACGUCACGAUGGGAUCUGGAUCGCUCGCCGCCAUGGCCAUCUUCGAGAGCGCGUACAAGGAGAACAUGACGCGCAAGGAGGCGAUCGACCUUGUCGCACGUGCGAUCCGCUCCGGUGUCUUCAACGACCUGGGAUCAGGAUCGAACGUCGACGUCUGCGUCAUCACCAAGAGCGGUACGGAGACGCUGCGUAACUACGAGAAGCCCAACGAGCGCGUGCACAAGAACCGGGACUACAAGUUCCGCCGAGGCACGACGGCGUGGCUGAAGGAGAACGUGCGCGACCUGAUCGCGUCCGAGACGGUCCACGUCACGACCGGCGCGGGCAAGGCUCAGGCCGGCUUCACGGACAAGCCCGUCGGCCGCGGCGAGGGCCCCGGAGGCGAGGAGGGCAUGGACCUCGACGUGCAGGUGUAG